CAAUCACUCUCUCCGCCUGCUCCCCCCACACACACCGCUAGCUGUGCUGAUAACAGCAGCUUCCCUAAUAAAGCAGGGACAGGUCGAGGGGUGACAGAGGCACAGCAGAGAGCAGACUCUAUAAUUUGCCUCCAUGGAUUCAACAGUUAAAGUAAUUUUAUAUUUUCUGGUUGCGGGUGCAUUGGGGGAGCAGACUCCGGCUUUCGACCGCACGGAUGCACCAAAAGUCACCUGGCCAAACUGGAUGUCUUUCCUCCCAGAUGAUAUCCCGCUCUCCUCACUGGCCAUACCAGGGACACAUGACACAAUGGCUUUCUAUGGUGGUAACCUUGCUGAGUGCCAAAGCUGGAAUCUAAGAAACCAAUUCCAUGCUGGAGUUAGGUUCUUGGAUAUCCGGUGUCGUCACUACCAAAACCAGCUGCCUAUUUUCCACGGGGUGUCCUACCAGAAGACCGAUUUUCUCCAAGUCCUCCGUGACACUGUGAGAUUUCUAACAGAGUACCCGAGCGAGACGGUUCUGAUGAGAGUGAAGGAAGAGUACGAGCCGUACCAGAACACCAGGAGCUUCUACAAGAGCAUAGCUGAGGUGGUGAGCCAGGUGGGACAACACUGGUUCCUGCGGACCAACAGCCUAUCAACUUUAGGACAAGCCAGAGGGAAAGUGGUCAUCCUACAACAGUUCUCCUCGAAUGGAGAGGGCCGAGACUUUGGGCCUCCGUAUCCUGGAGCUAUGAGUAUCUCAGAUGACUAUGAAGUGAAUGACGAUGCAGUCAAAUGGGCAGAGGUGGAAAGGCACCUCAAAGUUACCCAAAACGGUGAUCAAGGCAGAGCUUAUUUGACCUACUCCUCGGGAGUCCACUGGCUUCUCUAUCCCCCAGAAACUUUAGCUCGUAAAAUCAACCCAAGAUUGCUGGAGUAUCUCAACACUAAAACAUCAGUGGGGAGAAGGAGGUCAGUGGGGGUAGUAAUUAUGGACUUUCCCGGGGACGAACUGGUGAGAAAAAUUAUCUUGGAUAAUUGGGCGUGAAGAAAAUUUUCAUAAAAUCUAUCAGCCAUGCAAAAAUACUUCAGAGUCUAAUAAUACAUUGUGCUAUAUAAGCCUAGAAACCAUUGCUGCGAUUAAAUGGGUCCCUAUCAGUCCCCAUGUAUUCUCUUUAUCAGUGAUGCAACGUUGCAGCGUGAAAUCUGUCCAUUAGUUGGCUGGUGCGUUUAUCACCUUGUACUUAUCACUGGUUUAUCACUUCCUUAUGCCUUCUCCAGGUUAAUACAUCUGCCCUAUUGUUGCUUAAGGGCCUAUUCAUUAUCACUAAUUGACCCUUUACACAUGUGGAAACGCCAGCUUCCACAUGUUUUAAGUAACAGGCCCUUUCAUUAUUAGGGGCCCCACAGGGAUACAUAGUAUUCAGCAAACUCUAAAAAACCUAAACGUUUUCGGCAUUUGCCUGCGUCAACUAACACUAUCUUCAGGUGGCGUUGCUUCCCGAAGCCCGGCUCCUUUCUGUGGAAAAGAGGUCCGGCGUUACAAAGGGGGAUCGACGCAGAUACCUCCACCGCCUCAGCGGCUGUUCGCAUUAAGGAACUCAGGUUCUACCUGCGCACAAGUUCAGAUGGGCGCUGGUAAGCAUCACAGCUACAUGCUUUUCAGAGCAACUGUCCCCGUACCGGAGCAAUGCUGAAUUACUCUGGCAAGUAACUAUCCACUACUGCAGUUCGUGGCGAGGUGGAUACUUGACCAUUGUGGGCCAUCCAACUCCUUAAAGAGAAGACCUUCAUCUGAUUAUUAGCAUUAAGCCUCCUGAGCUGAUGCCUCCUGAGAUGAUGAGCUUAAUUCUAUCGCCCGCAUCUUGGCUGUUGAGUAUUUUUCUUGCAUUGACUGAAAUUUUAUGGAAAUAAAUAACACUUCACAAUAUAUUCCAGCAUCAAGCGUUGUCCUUUAAAGCGUUCCCAUCCGGGGUUGUAUGAAGCCCCAGGAAUACUGUAUCCCAAAUUUCUGUCAUGAAUCGCUUGGGUUCGAGAAAUAAACAUGGCUGUCUGUGUCUCUGCAUUGCUUCUCAUUUCAC